AUGCACCGGUCGGCCCGUGGGCCGUGCAGCCGGGACUUUGAUGCAUGGGCGUACAACAUUAGGUGGCCGCAGCAAAAGGCCUUCUUGCCGCUGCUCGGCGUCGCAAGACUGACGGUGGAGGACAUCAAAUUUGCGUACAACGCGUGGUGUCUUCUGCGUCUUGCGAUGUUUUUUGGCACCGGACACCCAAAGAUUCUGAGCCCGCUGGUGAACACCACCCCCUCAAUGGAUAUCAUGUACGGCGGAAACCGUCUGUUCUACAUGCACGCCGACGUCGGGGCGAGGCUGUCGCGCCGGAGUCCCAAAGUUGCCCUCACCCCCUGCCAUCCGGCCGCACGGCCGCUGCAGAGCUUUCCGUGGCGAACCGUUUCCUCCGCGGCGGGCAAAGGCGGCACGCAGGACGAAGCGACGGACGGCGGCGUGGAGAUUGUGCUUGGGAUGGAAAAUGGGUUGUCCGCGGGCGUCGUUGCAGAGUGUGACCACUGCCUGUAUAUCCCGCAGUACGGGUCGAUUGGGUCGUUGUCGAUGAUGUCCGCCAUGGCGAUAGCUGUGCAUUCCGCGGCCAGCGCCCACGGCGACAGUCGCAUGGGCGAUGGAAACGAACCUCUUUCCGUUGCCUUGCGGGGCCAUAUGCCGCUAAGCCACGAUGCCGCUAACGGGGAGCAGCGGAAGGACCUUCCACACGAAAAGAACCUCCUCUCGCUCUCCAAUGAGGAAAUUGCGGCCAUGCUCAGGGCGAGGCGCAGCUCCUAUGCCAUGCAGCUCUCCGUCAUGGUGUACAAUGAGUUUGGUGACCGAAACAUUGGUGCGAUAAUGCGCAACGCGAAUGCGUUUAAUUGCGAGCAAAUGAUUGUGCUGCAUCGACGCAAAUUCAGCAGGCGCGGAGCGGUCGGCACGCAGCAUUUGCUGCAGACGAAAUUUCACGCGGCGAUUGACGAUGUGGAGUGUCAGCGUUCGCUUGCCGGGUACACCGUUUGGCUGCUCUACCAGUACUACCCCUACCUCAAGAUGUACGAGGACCCGCACGACGAUGGGGCCACCUUUAUUCGGCCCGACAAGCCGUUCUUCCAGGCCUGGUUUCAGGGCACCCACCGGUUGACUCAGGGGCACCCAAUGAUGCGGUGCCGUGCCUCGCAUCUGCGGGGGGCGGAGGUGUACCUGGACGACUUCGCCUCCGUGCGUGCGGCUGUGAGGCGCGCCGCGCACGAGGGCCACCGCGGGAUCAUGCUGGUCGUCCCAGAGGAGGGGGCCUCGUUCCCGUGCGACAUUGUAAGUCGUGCGAGCCGCAUCGUCUACGUUGUGCAUCCCGACCGCCUUGCGAGGGAGGUGCAACGCGGGCUCAACGGGGCGCUAUCCUCUGCAAUUGCACUAGAGCGAUUAAGAACCGCAGUUGACGGCCUAUAA